AUGGACUUCGGCCUUACGGUGACGUCCCUCGUCGUGACCGCUGCCGCUGCGACUGCGGCGCCAGAAGGCGCUGCUGUCGCGGCCACAGGUGGCCCGCGCCUGCAGAACAUCUUCGGGCAGCGCUCCGACCUGAUGAGGGCUGGCAGGCAUGCCCUGAUCCAGAUCCCGAGGGGCGCGGGCAGUGAGGGCACCCUGCUUCGCGUCGAGGCGGAAGCGCAGAGUCUCGGGACACAUUGCAGUGAGAUGUAUUUCCAAGAGGUGAGCCUUACUGGCAAAUGGGUAGAAAGGAAGCAUCUCGGUGGCCUCCAGUUCCGCGCGGCGGACGACGUCACCGAGACGCCCAAGUGGUUGCGUUUUGGGAGCUUUGACUUGAAACUCGUGCACGGACGUGCGCUGACCGGCGUCAGGUUCUUCAUUCUGCACGUGAAACGAUUGGGGGGGCACAGGAAUGAGUGUCGGAGGUUUGCUGGGCAUGGGCGAUCACAGCCAGGAAUCAACUCCGUCCACAGGCUGCAUCCGAGAACUGACUCUGGCGAGGUCGUCUAG